ACCCAAUUGAUGUCACAUUUAGGGGACCUGGUCGCGCAUCUCAAUCCGGGCUCUUGGGUUCACAAGCGAGUCCUUUCUCGUCCCUCUUGUGUCAGUAUCUUUCUUCGCUCUUCAUACUAUCCCUUUUCCCUCAAUUUGCUUCACGGCGUCAAGACGAGUAGAUUGAGAGACGCGCAACGCACAGAGGCGGUCGGUCGUGUUUGACUUUGCGAAACGCCAAGACUCGGUGAUUAGAGGAGAUUUCUGUCGGGCUUAAAGGCGAGCUCAUCAACAUUAUCAUCAAAAAACGAUAGACAGCAGUCGAUUCAGAGUCAGAAUCUGGGUGCAGAGAGAAUACCGGCACAAUGGCAUCAGGUAGAUCAACAAUCAUCCGGCCCCCACCGGAUGACCCGAACAAGAGUCCGAUGGAGAACGUAUUGGAGGUGACGGAGCUCGGCGUCCUUGGUCCGGAUAUCUUCACUAACACGCGCACGCCAUGGCACCCGCCCGGCGCCCGCGGCAUCUUUGGCGGCGCCGUCAUCGCGCAGUGCCUCGCCUCCGCGCAGAAGACGGUGCCCAACGACUUCUUCGUCCACUCGUGCCACUGCUACUUCCUCCUCGCGGGCUCCUCCGAGAUCCCCAUCCUCUUCCACGUGGAGCGCGUCCGCGACGGCCGUUCCUUCGCUACGCGCACCGUGCAGGCCCGCCAGCGCGGGCGAUGCAUCUUCACGACGACCGUCUCGUUCGUCAAGGAGGGCAGCGGUGGCGAGAAGCAGGUCCGGCACGCGGCGCCCUUGCCUGACGGUGUGAGGGCGCCUGCCGACAACUGGAAGGGCGAGCCCGAGUGGAGCACGCACUCCCCGUUCCAGACGCACCGGAUCUCCAUCGUCGGGGACAAGAAUAAGGGCAAGCGGCUCGACGAGCUGAAGUCGCGCAACUGGGUGCGCGCGCGGGGCCGCAUCUCGGUGAGCGGCGGACACCAGGCGCACCUGAACGCGCUGGCGUACAUGUCGGACAGCUACUUCAUCGGCACCGUCGGGCGCAUCCACAGGCUGUGGCGGUUCCCCUUCAAGCCCGAGGAGUUUGACGACCUUCCGCCCGAGCUGCGGGAGCAGGUCGAGCGGCUCAACGAGUUCGAGGGCAACACCGAGGCCGGCGGGAUCGAGUACUGGAAGACGAGGCCGCAUUUGGGUAUGAUGGUCAGCUUGGACCACUCCAUCUACUUCCACGAGCCGAGGCGGGUGAGGGCGGACGAGUGGAUGUUUACCGAGAUGGAGAGCCCUUGGAGCGGCGACGGGAGAGGCGUGGUGCUGCAGAAGAUUUUUGCGAGCGAUGGCACGCUUUUGGCGACUUGUGUUCAGGAGGGUGUUAUUCGGCUGAAGCAGCAGGAGGAAGAUGACGAGAAGGAGCCAAAGUCCAAGCUGUAGAGUGCGAUUCUGGCGUGUAUGAAUGUGUAGAAGGUAGUGUACUAGCUCAGAGUCUGCUUUAAUCUUCUCAUUAUCCACGAACCGUGUUUAUCAUUGGGAUGCUUUCAUCACAAGGUCUUCCCGCUCAUGGAGCGAUAGGGAUGGCAACGCCCUUGAUGAAAGCAUCCUAAUGAUAAACGCGGUUCUUGCAUGUCGAGGAGAGUCACAUAUUAACGCCAUUUACGACGAGAAUGAUCGAUAUGUCCGAGU